CAGGAGCGGAGCUGGGCUAGAGAGACAGCGGGGACACGGCGGAGACACGGCGGGGACACACAGGGGACACCGCGGGGACACAGAGAUCAGUAGCAGGAUUAUUCCUGUGUGUGGGAGGAGGAGGAAGCUGGAUGUGAAGCUGGACGGAGCAGAAGCUCGUCAUUAAAACACUGCUGAAGAGGUGCUGAUAUGUGCAGGAGAUGAGCGGCGUGGGGGAGAACUCCAUGGAGCCUCUGUGCCCCGAUCGCAAACGCAGCCUGUCCACCUGUGACACGCCCGGCCUCGGGUGUGAGAAGCGUCGGCGAGAGCAGGAGAGCAAAUACAUCGAGGAGCUCGCGGAGCUGAUCUCGGCUAAUCUCAGCGACAUCGACAGCUUCAACGUCAAACCGGACAAGUGCGCCAUCCUGAAGGAGACGGUGCGGCAGAUCCGACAGAUCAAAGAGCAAGGAAAAGCCUCGUCAAGUGAUGAUGACGUCCAGAAAGCCGACGUGUCCUCCACAGGUCAGGGGGUCAUCGAUAAGGACCACCUCGGACCCCUGCUGCUCCAGGCGCUGGACGGUUUCCUGUUCGUGGUGAACAGAGAGGGCAGCAUCGUGUUCGUGUCGGAUAACGUCACUCAGUACCUGCAGUACACACAGGAGGAGCUGAUCAGCACCAGCGUCUACACCAUCCUGCACGACGACGACCGCGACGACUUCCACAAGAACCUGUCCCGCAACAGCGUGAACAGCAUGGCGUGGGGAGGAGAAGCUCCUCGACAGAAGAGCCACACCUUUAACUGCCGCAUGCUGGUGAAGUUCGGCUCGGGUCCCGGGGAGGACAGCGCCACCAUGCCGCACUACGAGACCAUGCAGUGUUUCGCCCUCACGCAGCCCAAAGCCAUGAUGGAGGAGGGAGAAGACCUGCAGUCGUGUAUGAUCUGCGUGGCGCGGCGAGUAACUGCGUUGGAGAGAACAGAGAGCUUCAACACCAGACACGAUCCGUCAGGCAAACUGAUUCAGAUAGACCAGAAUUCCCUGCGUGCCUCCAUGCGUCCGGGUUGGGAGGACCUGCUGAGACGAUGUAUACAGAUGUUUCUGCAGCACAGUGAUGGACAGCCCUGGUCAAAUAAACGCCACUAUCACGAGGCCUUUAUCCAUGGCCACGCAGAGACCCCCGUGUACAGGUUUUCGUUAUCAGAUGGCACCCCCGUCACUGCACAGACAAAAAGCAAGCUCUACCGCAACCCCAUGACCAACGAGCCCCAGGGCUUCAUAUCUACUCACCUGUUACAGAGGGAACCGAACGGCUGUCGCGGCAACCAACCGGGCAGCAUGAUGCAGGGUGGCAUGAGGCAGCAGGGCAUGGGGGGCACCAACCCCAACGGUCAAAUGAACAUGGGUCCUGGUGGGGGCAUGGGGAUGGGGGGCAUGGGGGGGAUGGGUGCUAUGGGAGGGAUGGGUAUGAAUCGGGGUUACGGCAUGAAGGACAUGGGGCACAUGGGUCACAUGGGUGGUGGGGGGUCCAUGUACGGGGGUAGCAUGGGCAGUCGAAUGAUGCAGAUGAGUCAAAUGAGUCAAAUGGGUCAAAUGAAUCCAGUGGGACAAAUGAAUCAGAUGAAUCCCAUGGCGCAGAUGAAUCCCAUGAAUCACCCUGGUCCUGGGAUGCAGCAUCCACAUCAUCAUCAUCAUCAGCAGCAGCAUCAGCAGCCUCUCUUCCAGGCCUCAGGAGGAUACGGGCUCGGAGGCAUGAACAGCCCGUCUCAAGGCAGCCCGGGUUUGAAUGGACCUCAGCAGGGUCUCCUCAUGUCUCCACGCAACAGAGGAAGCCCAAAGAUGGCCUCCAGUCAGUUCUCUCCAGGAGGCAUGCAUUCUCCCAUGGGCCCGGGGAGUGUUGGGGCAUCAGGAGGUGGUGGAGGUGGAACCACUUAUUCCAGCAGCUCCCUCAACGCCCUUCAGGCCAUCAGCGAAGGAGUAGGCGCCUCCUUGCCAUCCACCCUGACGUCCCCUUCUACAGCACACAAACCAGACAGCUCUCCAAGUGUCCACUCCUCGUCCUCUUCCUCCCAAACCUGCAAGCCGGGACACGGAGACUCAAAAAGCCCAGCAGGAGCCCACGGUCACGGACCUGGAGAUCAGCAUCACUCCGUGCACCACCACCAUCACCACAGCCACGCCCACCAAGCCGAGAGCAGCAGCGCGGAGCGACCCGACAGCCAGGCAGGAGGAGGCAGCAAAGAGUCCGGGGAGGCAACCAACGAAGCUGCAAAUUCUUCAUCGGAGCCUCCUCGGAAGAUUCCAGACGGAAAGGGUCACAAGAAGUUGCUCCAGCUGCUCACCUCACCCACUGAGGAGCUGGGACUCGGGGUUGGAAGUGGACCUCCUGGACCUCCCACAGGAGCCAGCUUGGAGGGCAAGGAACCAGGGUGCGUGACGAGUCCGUCUUCCACCGGCGUCUCUUCAUCCACCAAUCAGAGCCAAGUUCUCGGAGGUGUAUCAGGAGGACCGUCUGAAGCCCUGGGUUCUUCUCACUACACGGCAUCGCUCCAGAAAAAGCACAAGAUCCUCCACAAGCUUCUCCAGAAUGGAAACACACCUGACGAAGUCGCGAAAAUCACCGCCGAGGCAACGGGUAAGGCGAUGAUUGGGCAGGACGGGGGAGGCGCCGGGGGAGAAAAUGGAGGCGCCAGUGCAGGACCAGGAGGAGCCUCGGGAGCGUCAGAGCCCAAGCAGGAGCAACACAGCCCAAAGGAGAAGAAAACCAACGCCCUGCUCCACUACCUCCUCAACAACAAGGACGACUCCAGCGCCAAAGAGUCCAGCGACAUCAAACCAAAGCCGGAGGAUCUGGAAGGAAAAGGCAUCGGCGGGGGGAACAGUGGCCCGCCGCUCAGCAGAGGAGCGCAGGAGAACGUCGAGGCCAAGAUCAAGUCAGAGUCUUCUGACGAGCUGGACACCAUCCUCGGAGGCCUGAGGAGUUCUGGAUCAGAUUUCCCUGCGCAGGGGGACGCUGCAGGAGCUCCUGAUGGAGGGAACAAGCCACAGUCGUUUCCUGAUGAUGGAAUAAUGAACAGAGGAAUGGGAAUGCCGGAGCGCUCGCCCAUGGGCCCGGCGGGAGAAUGGGGGAUGCCGCGCGCCACCGGCAGCCCCUCCAUAAUGCGUCCUGCCGUCGAUUCCUACAACUCCAAGGGCAUGAUGGGAGGACCCCUGGUGAACCGGUGCAACAGCGUUCCUGGAGCCAGGUCCAUGCUGCAGCAACAGUUAAUGGAAAUGGGCUCCGGUGAGAUGGGCGUGGCCAUGGGGCCGUUCAGCCAGCAGCCGUGUCCAGACAGUCAGUCGCCAUCCUGGACAGACAACAUGAUGGGGAUGGACAACAGACGUCAGUUUGGCAAUGCUCUGGACGAGUUGUUGGUUCCUCCCUCCACCUCUGAGGGUCAGAGUGACGAGAGAGCGCUGUUAGAUCAGCUCGACUCUCUGCUCAACAACACCGACGUUUUAGCUCUGGAGGAGAUCGAUCGCGCCCUGGGCAUCCCUGACAUCAUCAGCCAGGGUCAAGGUGGAGAUCUGCAGCCCGAGCCGUUCCCCGCCCAGGACUCGUCCAUGGUGAUGGAGCAGAAGCCCAUGUACCCCCAGGGUUACCCCGGACCCCCAUCCAUGCCCAUGCCCUCAGGGUACGGUGCCAGCCCCAUGCAGGGCGCGCCUCCUCCGGCACCCUACAGCCCCAUGCUCAACCAGAUGGGGCAGCAGGGUAACUACCCCGGCAUGGGCGGCAUGGGGCCGAUGGGGGGCAUGGGGCAUCCACGUGCUGCCAUGAUGAGACCCAGGAUGAUGAGCGCCACCAAACCUACACGCUUGCAGCUGCAGCAGAGGCUACAAGGGCAACAGUUCAUGAGCCAGGCUCGGCAGGGUCUCGGCAUGAAGAUGGAGAAUCCUGGUGGAGGAGGAGGGGGAGGGGGAGGCCCUGGCAUGAGACCUGGCAUGCAGCCGGGAAUGGGAGGCCAGCAGAGUUUCCUAAACGCUCAGAUGAUGGCUCAGCGUAACAGAGACAUGCAGUUGCGGAGACACAGGAUGAUGAUGUUGAUGCAGCAGCAGGCAGCAGGUGGAGGUUUCAGUCCUCCGCCCAACGUUACGGCCCCCACAGGCAUGGAGGGCAUGGGGGGGCCGGGCAUGGGCCAGCCGGGGCAGCAGCAGUUCAGCUACGGAGGAAACUACGGAAUGGGACAGCAGGGCGAUCCGUCCUUCGUCCCCGCCGGAGGUCCCAGUCCCCCCAGCGCCAUGAUGGCAGGUCGCAUGGGGCCUCCACAGAAUCCCAUGAUGCAGCAGCACCCACAGGGCGGGCCCAUGUACCAGAGUCCGGACAUGAAGGGCUGGCCUCAGGGCGGAAUGACGCGCAGCAGCUCGUAUCCACAGCAGGCGUUCCCACAGCAGGGCUCGGCCACGCCCUACGGCUCCAUGAUGAUAAACGGCGCGAACGCAGGUCACAUGGGUCAGAUGAACAUGAGCAUGAUGGGGAGGAUGUCGAUGGGCCCUGAUCAGAAGUAUUUAUGAAGAGGACAGAGAGAGGGGUAGAGACCCGUUGCCAUGGAGACACUGUGAAGCAAUGUAAUAACACCAUACACGCCUGGACUAUCUUGGGUGUUAAACUAAGCCUAGCAGUGUAAAUGCACACACACACACACACACACACAAACAGAAGUACUAGAUUGGUCUACAUUCUCUGUCUCUCUCUCUCUCUCUCUUUCUCUCUCCUCGUGUACGCUUUCUUCAUUCUGUUUCUCAUCAGCAUCAAGCUGUUUAGAAGAACACACACACACACACACACACACACACACACACACCUACACACCGAGACACAGAUAUCCCUGCGAAUGUAUAUCAUGCCGUGUCGACCGUCUGGAUGUAGCUCCCCCCGUCCUGUUAGAGGUUCGACCAGAGACCCGAGCUGUGAUUGCACUUUAACGCAAAAUCAGAGCUGUUUCACGCCGCUAGGAGAGUUGCAAUAUUGAUUUCGGCUCGUUUGCGAGCUUUCCGGUCGUUCUCCGGCGGAGCGGGACGAGUGUGAGACGCGAGAGCAGCAAGCACAGACGAUCUGUUCCACGCAGAUCCAAGCAAUAAAUCUCGUCUCGCCGGACGCUCCGAUCUCUCACCGUAGACGUCCCGCAGUAUUAGGAGUCUCCUGAUCAUCGUCGCUUUUCUUUGGGUUUUUAGUACUUUUUGUUUCCUUCUUCUUCUUCUUCUUCCUUUUGGGUUUGUGGUUAUAAUGUGUAAAUAAAGUGCACAUGUAAUAUAUCUGCUUUUGUAGCUCACACACAGGUUUUGCACAACAGGCUUCAUAUUUAAAUCGCGUUAGAGCUGUGUGUGUGUGUGUGUGUGUGUGUGAGAGAGAGAGAGAGAGUGUGUUUCAGUUAGCA